AUGUCCUCUUUUGACACUGCCGCUGUGCUCUUGGGCCCCAUAUUCUUAAAACAAGGAUCGCAAUUUGAAGGCGAUUAUACCCUUUCCAACCUCAUCUUCUUUAAUGAACAAAGCGACCAGACAGAUAUGAUCGAUGUAAUAUUUAACCUUGAAGUCAUUAUUAGUACAUCUGCUAUAAACUUUUUUAUGAUCGAAAGAAAAUCUUGGCAAGUCGCAACAACUGACACCGACGGACGCCUAAAUAGAUUUUUAAAUGAAGUCUUUGGAGUGGAUGAAGAGUGCCCUGAAGAAUCAGCAAAGGCAGCAAUCUUUAAAGUAGAAAUGAAUGAUGUUCAUAGCAACAACCAUAAAUACUUUAUGGUCUAUAGCGAAGUGACAGAUAAAUGCUCUUAUCUAUACGCUGUUCCUAUCACCGAUACGAAAUACAUGCGUUCUACUUACGGCCUGACCGGUGACCUCAUUUAUAAAGAGCUUUCAAAUACAAUUGAUAAACAAAUGAAUAACCAGUCACAAAGGGGCGCACAAAAAAUCCUACAAGAAGAAAGAAGACAAGAGAAAAUAAUCAACGAAAUUAUUCAACUGGACGAUGACUCAAUUUCUGACAAUGAGAAUGAUUUAGCUACUAAGUUGGACGUGCUCAAUAAUUUGAACAUGGAGGAGGUUGAGGUGGGAGGGCUUGAGAUAACGAGGGUACUGUCGCCCGCAUUUGAAGAACAUACCAAGGAUGACAAAGUACCAAGCGCGAAUACAAGCCUUAAUGACGAUUGGGAUAUGACAAAGCUUAUGCCAAAGAACGUUCUGCCAAAAGAAGAUACCACGACAAGUCAAAUAUGUCAACAAGAAGAGACUGAUGGUAGUAGUGAUGGUGACAAGCCGAUCCAGAAACCACUGAAGAGCAAAAGAGAGAGGCUUCUGGAUCACCUGUUCAAUGAAGAUGGCGAAGACGAUCCCGAAUUCGACUUUUCGGUGCAGACUGACUGGACAACACAGUACAGCAAGUCAUGUGGCAGCAGCAGACGCGGCAGUGAAGACUUUGAGGGGCCCAUGCUCACCGACUUGCUGAAUAUGAAACGAAGCAGAAAAGAGGUGGAGCAAAGGGGGCUUUCCUCUAAAAAUCCAAAGUUCAACACUGUGAGCGAGCUACAGCCACGACCUCUUGCAAUCUCAAGCAGUUCCGCACCCACGCCCAAGCCCUCAACACCUAAACCAACCGAAGAUAAAAGAUAUAAAAUCAAAAAGAUGGUCAAGGACGCGUUGGGGGCCAACUUUAGCGUGGAGCGAUAUACCCUUAUAUAUCAGAGUAUCAAACACCAUUUCCAGAAUAAGCUGGAAAUGAUGGACCAAGGAAGGCUACGUAGCGUAAUACAGAGUCAUGUGGCCUUCCAUGAGUACAUUGAUACUCUGAAUAAAAUAUAG